AUGGGUCCCGCCACCUUCCUGGGGCUCUGCCUGCUGGGGUGCCUGGUGCUGCCCCCCUCCCUGCCGGGGGCUGAGGCCACCAGGUGUCCCCGGGGGUGGCUGUCCUUCGGGGGACACUGCUACGGCUACUUCGGGCAGCCGCUGAGCUGGAGGAGGGCUGAGGCGUGGUGCCAGGCCACCCGCGGGGGCCACCUGGCGUCGCUGCACAGCCCCGAGGAGCACCGGGCGCUCGCCGCCUUCCUGGCGCGGCGGCCGCGGCGCGGAGAGGACGACGAGGAGGGCGAGAAGGAGAGGGACAGGGACAGGGAGAGGGAGGAGAGCGUCUGGAUCGGCCUGCAGCGGCGGCGCCAGGGCUGGCUCUGGGCUGACGGGUCCCCGCGGCACUACUGGGCCUGGGAGGGGGACGAUGGCCCCAAGGGACAUCCCUGCAUCGCCCUGGAGGACUCGGCAGGGUUCAUGGCCUGGGAGGGCGAGGCCUGCGGGGAGCGCAAACCCUUCAUCUGCAAAUACCCGGCCUAG